AGGAGGGGGGCAGCGGCUUGCUGCGCACACUUCCCCCAUUAUUAAACACUAUGUCCAAAAGGCGUCGGGGGACUUCCCGGAGCCACGGAGCCCGUGUCGCGCGGCCGACCGGCCCACGGAGCCCAUGGACCUGAGCGCCGCCGCCGCGCUGUGUCUCUGGCUGCUGAGCGCCUGCCGUCCCCGCGACGGGCUGGAAGCGGCAGCGGUGCUCGGAGCGGCGGGGGCAGGACCAGCCUGGAGCCCCGGGGGCGGCGGCGGAGUCGGACGGACCCUCGUCCCUGCUCGGGGCCCUUCGGCUCUCCAGGCCUCCGCAGUUCCUGGGCCCCGCGCUGUGCGCCGCGCUGCGGGCUCUGGCUUCAGGAACGGCUCCGUGGUGCCACACCACUUCAAGAUGUCACUUUACCAGAGCCUGGCUGGGAGGGCUCCGUCACCCUCGGGGCAGGGCCAUGCGGACACGAUCACUGGCUUCAUAGACCGAGCGACUCAAGGUACUUUGCCUUCUGUGCCAAGACAUCUUGCCUGCUCCUGGCCUGAGAUGAGCGAGGAAGGCAAGUUUCUGCUCCACUGGGUUCUGAGCCAUGGCCCCAUGAAUACCAUCUUCAGGUGUUAGAGAGAAACUUGGAAGACAGUGCAUCGGAACCUGGACUAUGGUGCCAUUCAAGGUUUGGUUUCCGAGAGAAGAGGGGGUGGGGUCUCUCUGUGGAACUGUCAGG